AUGUUCCCCGCGCGCUCUCUCCUGGUCCCGGUCCUGGUUCUGGUCCUGGGCGGGUUUGUGGUUUGUGGAGCCUCGUCCUUAUGUCCGAGCGGCCAGUUUCUCCUGCGGGGCCAGUGCGUCCUCUGCCACCGGACCUGCUCCGAGUGCAGCGGGCACGAGCUCUUCCAGUGCACCGCCUGUGGAGUGGAUGAAGAUGGCGUGGAGCGGUUCUUGUACCUCGGCCGCUGUAUCCCUCACUGCCCCCGCGGUCUGUACUCGGACAGGGGCGUGUCCUCCUGUCUGCCCUGCCCCCACAACUGUGAGCUGUGCACCGACGCCAGCAUCUGCGCCAAGUGCCAGGACAACUACAAGCUCCAGAGCGGCCGCUGCCAACUGCCCAGCUGCGACACAGGGCAGGUGCAGGACCCGGACACAGGGGAGUGUGUGGGCUGUGAGGCGGGGUGCAACACCUGCUCCUCAGGACUGAAGUGUGUGAAGCAAUGCCCUCAGCAGACCUUCAGUGACACCAGUGGGUGGCGCUGUGAGCCCUGUCACUCUUCCUGUGUGUCCUGUCGGGGUCCGGGGCCCUCAGACUGUGAGCUGUGUCAGGGAGGGGCCGCUCCUCUGGGGGGGCAGUGUCCAGGGUUCAGCUGCCCCUCGGGACAGUUCUUUGAUGUGAGAGCUGGAGCGUGCUCAGUGUGUGACAUUUCCUGCAUGAGCUGCUUCGGCCCUGCGUCUCUGGACUGCUCCUCCUGUUUCACAGGGUUCUUCUUGGACCAGGACGGCUCGUGUGUGGAGCACUGCCCCUCUGGCUCCUUUUCCAACUCUGUCCUCGGUGUGUGUGAGAACUGCGCCUCCUACUGUCAGCUGUGUGCAGGCUCCAGUGAUAACUGUGUGAGCUGCUCCAAACACGGACACACGCCUUUCCUCCACCAGGGGAAGUGCUGGUCUGAAUGUCCUGAUGGUUUCUUUGAGUCAGAGGAGGGGCUGUGUGACCAAUGUGGCGCCCCCUGUCAGACCUGUGACGGGGGCAGCUCCCAGUGCCUGUCCUGCUCUGAAGGGUACUUCCUGGAGGGGAGGGUCUGCAGACUGAACUGUUCUGAGAAGAUGUACCAAGCUGACGAUGGGACGUGUAGACACUGCCCCUCCCACUGUGACGUCUGUGCCGACCUGCACACGUGUUUGAAGUGCAGUUUCUUGUACCUGAUGUUGAAUGGCGUGUGCAGAGCCAGUUGUCCUGAGGGGUACUUCGAGGACAUGGAGGAGGGGCGCUGUGGGCCGUGUCAUACCACCUGUGCCUCAUGCUCUGGGCCCCUAGGAGGCGACUGUGAGACCUGCUCCUCAGUCAGCCCCAUGCUCUACAAAGGGACCUGCCUCAGAGAGUGUCCUUCUGGAACAUACUACCAGACAACUGCCAAAGAGUGCCAAGAGUGCCACCAGACGUGUGCCAGGUGCAGGGGGCCUGAGCCAAACCAGUGCACAGAGUGUGAGAGGGGCCUGGUGCUGGACCCCAGCUCCCUGCUCUGUGGUGUGACCGGGGAUGCACACUGCCCCCUAGGGACCUACCUGCAAGAUGACCAUUUUACCUGCUCCAGCUGCCACAGGGGCUGUCUGUCCUGUGAGGGCCCUGAGCUCUGUUCCACCUGCGCGGUCCCCCACUACCUCCACAAUGGAUCCUGUACCCGCUCUUGUCCUGAGGGCACAUAUAGCUCCUCACAGGAUGCAGACGGGCGACAGCUGGGCGUCUGUCUGCCCUGUGCCCCCGUCUGCUCCAGCUGCAGCGGGCCAUCGGCCAAAGACUGUCUGACCUGUUCUCCAGGACACCUGCGCCUCCUGCACCUCUGUGUCAGCCGCUGUCCCACAGGGUUUUACAAAGGCGGCUCUGAGUGUAAGAAGUGCCAUCACUCCUGUGCCAUGUGCUCGGGCCCCGGUCCAGAGUCCUGUCGAGUCUGUGUGCCCCCCCUGCUGGAGAUACAAGGAACUAACCUGUGUGUGGAGCGCUGCCCUCAACGCUUCUACCAGAGCGAGCAUGUGUGCAGGCAGUGCCACAUCAGCUGCCAGACGUGCUCAGACCCAUCUCCUCAGGCUUGUCUCACCUGUGACGAUGGAAACACUCUGAAGGACAACGUCUGCUUCCCUCGCUGUGGAGAGGGGACGUACUUUUCAGAGCAGGAGCAGGCCUGUGAGCCAUGUGACCGGUUCUGCCGUCACUGCUUCGGUCCCAGAGCGCAGCAGUGUGUCAGCUGCCAUGACGACGCCGGUCUCCAUGCGGUGGAGAGCCGCUGCGCCCCCUGCUGCUCGAGCCACAGAAACACCACAGGCUGCUGCGUGUGUGACAUCCGCACAGCCCUGUGUGUGGAGGCUCCCGUUCCCAGGCAGGGGUCAGACACAGACCUAAGCUCCGCCUCCAGAGUCCUGAAACAUACAUCGGCCGCUCUGCCCCUUGUCCUGCUGCUCACCCUGGGUCUGAUCUGCGGAGGUGUGGCCUUGUACCGUGCUCACUCCAGGAAGAAGCUGUGCUGGAGGCGGAGCUACGAACGGCUGAGCGGAAACGCCACAGAGUCCAUGCCCCACGGCGUCCCGGAGCCCGACAGCAGCGACGACGUGGAUGUGGUGUACACCAGCCGAGGGGGGUGUGUUUACAGACGGUACAGUUUCAGUUAUGAGCCUGAACCGUAGACUUAAAAACAGCCAGCAACACGGUCAUGUUACAACAUUAUGAGACACAACGCCUUCUUCUACGCCUUAUUCUCCACCUUCAUCUCCACCUUCACCACAGACCUACACAAACAGACUAUUACUAUUGACAAAAGCAGACCGGGGCAUCCUAUGACCCCUUGACCUCUUUAAUACGCUCCCUUACAACCUUUUAUAAUAUUUUAGUCUAGUAUUUCACUACAGUACCCUAUAUUUAGAGCAUUUAUUAGAGAGUUUGUUUGGCCCAGUUCAUCUGUUUCUCUACAUUGUUUAGGUAUGUGUAAGUACUGUUACUUUAUGUACAAAUACUGUUAAUUUAAGUAAGUUAAUAAGUAAAAAGUAUUCACCAGAAAUACUCAAGUAA